AAAUGAAUAACGGUCUAACUAUUCAACGUCGUCUCGGAUUCGACUAUUUCAACGCAACGUGACAUUCAAGCCUCGAAUAAAAGUCAAUUCUUAGGUUGUUGCUAUGUCAUCGAAAUCUUAUCCCAAUACAUCGAAUUUUUCUUUUCGGCUUCUCGGUAAGCUGCAGCCACCGCACCGCCACCAGUGGACGGCGUGAUCACGGCUUUGUCCAUAUCCCACUUCCAUAAGAAUACUACAAAUCCUGAAUUCCGUGAAUCUGAAUUAAAUUCUAUAUAUCUGCCGAUUUGUGAUUAAGAUAUAAUCUAGGGUUCCGGAGUGCAGUUUCUUCUAUCUCUGUGUUUGGGAAAUUGAAUUGAGAUGAAUAAUUUGCAGAUGGAAAUGGCACCAGUGGGUGCGGAGAGUCAUGGGGAUUCUGAUCCCCUGCUUAAGGAGACUACAGGAUCAUCUGGGAGCUCUAGUUGCGAGAUAGAAAAUGAACCUGACGUUGAAACUGCUUCCUUGCCUUGUUGCAGAAUUUGCCUCGAGUGCGAUGGUCAGGAUGAUGAUGAAUUGAUAUCUCCGUGCAUGUGCAAGGGCACUCAGCAGUUUGUGCAUCGCUGUUGCCUUGAUCACUGGCGGUCUGUUAAGGAAGGAUUUGCCUUUUCACAUUGCACAACCUGCAAAGCUCAAUUUCAUCUACGAGUGGCAGAUUUGGAGGACAACUCUUGGCGCAAAAUAAAAUUCAGACUUUUUGUGGCUCGUGAUGUAUUUCUUGUAUUUGUGGCUGUACAAACUGUGAUUGCUGCAAUGGGUGGCUUUAUAUACCUCAUGGACAAGGAUGGAACGUUUAGGAAUACAUUUAAUGACAGUUGGGACCGGAUACUGUCAAAGCAUCCUAUUCCAUUUUACUAUUGCAUAGGAGUCGUUGCUUUCUUUGUGCUGAUCGGGUUUGUUGGUCUCAUAUUGCAUUGCUCCAUAAACACCAAUGACCAACGGUUUGCUGGCUGUCAGAACUGUUGUUAUGGCUGGGGCCUCUUGGAUUGUUUUCCUGCAUCAGUGGAAGCAUGCUUUGUUCUGGUUAUCAUAUUUGUUGUUGUCUUUGCCAUUCUUGGCAUUGCCUAUGGUUUCCUUGCCACCACCAUGGCGAUUCAGAGGAUCUGGCAGAGGCACUACCAUAUCCUCACUAAGAGAGAACUCACACAGGAGUAUAUAGUGGUGGAUCUUUGUGGCUGUUACUCGCCUCCCAAACUCAAUCCGGAACAUGAAGACCGUCUGAGAACCCUUAAGCUGCUGUAAGGAAUCUAGAGUCAAUGACUCCUGAACCUCUGCUACAUGUCUCUCCAAAUCAGAGAUGACUUGAAUGAUAUCAUGUUUUUCUUUGUUACUUACCUUAGCUGGACUUUUGAGUGGCAAAGAAGAUCUAGUCAAUGUCAAUGUGGCCUUCAAUUGCCUUGGGGAUGGUGGUGUACUUGAUGAAUUUAUCUCAGAAAAGAUUGAUGUCUGGCUUACAUUUUAUCCUUCUUGUUUCUUCUGUAUAUAUGAAGGCAAUUAUAAGAAUUUAUAUUGGAAUCGUGUAGUAUCGUAGUACUUGCAUUGAGGGGAAUCCUGCACAACUUUAGAAUAACGAUUUUCUUAA